AGGGGAGCGGGGGAAGCUUCUUCUUCUCAAAGGCGCCUCAGUCACCGCGCGCGGGGGCUGCAACCACCUCAGUCGCCGGCUUCCUUCGUGUGCGUGAGGGGAAGAGCGACGUGGAACGGAGCGGGGAAGGUCAAUACUGCAACCAUGCCUGAAAUAAACACAAAUGAUCUGGAUGAGCAACAGGUGCAGUUGCUGGCAGAGAUGUGCAUCCUUAUUGAUGAAAAUGACAACAGAAUUGGUUCAGAUACAAAGAAAAACUGCCACCUGAAUGAAAACAUUGACAAAGGAUUGCUGCAUCGGGCAUUCAGUGUAUUCUUAUUCAAUAAGGAGAACAAGCUGCUGUUGCAACAGAGAUCAGAUGCCAAAAUCACUUUCCCAGAUUGUUUCACCAACACUUGUUGCAGUCAUCCUCUAAGCAACCCUCUCGAACUGGAAGAAAACAAUGCAAUUGGUAUUCGAAGAGCAGCACAGAGGCGACUGAAAGCAGAGCUAGGAAUUCCACUCGAACAGGUAACUCCAGAAGAACUCUUCUACCUAACCCGAAUUCACUACAAAGCCCAGUCUAGUGGGACCUGGGGAGAACAUGAAAUAGAUUAUAUCCUUUUUGUGCAGAAAGAUGUGACGCUGAAUCCAGAUCCCAAUGAGAUUAAAAGCUACUGUUAUGUGACACAAGAAGAACUGAGAGAACUCCUGAAAAAAGCAUCCCGAAAUGAAAUUAAGAUUACGCCAUGGUUCAAACUGAUUGCAGAGACUUUUCUCUUUAAGUGGUGGGAUAACUUGAAUAAUCUGAAGAAAUUUGUUGAUCACAACAUACACAGAAUGUAACAACUAGUAGAAUAUGCUAGUAGCAAAGUUUUAAUCCCAAUCAAUGGCACAUUUGAAGCACUAUUUGUAGAAUGGACUGCAUAAUGGUGGUUGAAAUAGGAAGAGGUUCCUUGAGAAUGAGGGGAAUCUGCUUUCAUAUCUGGCAUGACCUGGAAGGCUUGUGCUAAGGUUUCAGUUGUCUCUACUUUUUCCUUCCUGGACUAAGUAGUUGGAUUACUAAGAAACCAUCAAUUAUGUUUGGAUUUGUUGAUAAAACCACUAGUCAUUGGGCCAUUAAUUAAGAGGAAAUGUGUAUUUUGGCCCUACUCUCUGUGGCUUAUGAAAAGUGGGCUGUUUGUGGCAUAGAAAAUGGAGUAAUUUAUUCUAUUCUGGCCCUCAAGGCUACAUUUUUCAUAUUUCAUUCUAAAGUCCUUUUGGGGGAUGAGGGAAGUGGCAGUUACAUUAUCCUGUCUCCCACCCCCAAAAUUUGGUAUAUUGCAUCCAUUUAUCUUUAACCUUCUGGUAGCUAAUGGGAUAGGAUUAAUGUGUUAGGAUGUAAAUGUGGUAUUAAAUGCUCUAAUAACGUUCUCUUGAAGUUCCUGUUCACUUGUAAGCCUUAUGUAUUAUAAAGUGACUUUUUCCAUUAAAGAAAAACAGGUAUUUCAAAACUAGAAAUGUAAAGUUAGACUUUGUACUUUAGUAGACUCCAAAUGUGCCUUCCUUAUGUGAAUUAACUUGUAAAAAGGAAUGGAACUUUUAACAAUAAAAACUAUCUAGCAAGAA